AUGGCGGCGGCCGCGGCGCUCCCGGGCGCGGGGGGGCCUCCCGCGGGCGGCGGGGCCGGGGGCGGCGGGGGCGCGGGCGGCGGGUCGCCGCCGGGCGGCUGGGCCGUGGCGCGCCUCGAGGGCCGCGAGUUCGAGUACCUGAUGAAGAAGCGCUCGGUGACCAUCGGGCGCAACUCGUCGCAGGGCUCGGUGGACGUGAGCAUGGGCCACUCGAGCUUCAUCUCGCGGCGCCACCUCGAGAUCUUCACGCCCCCGGGCGGCGGCGGCCAUGGCGGGGCGGCCCCGGAGCCGUCGGCGCAGCCCGGGCCCGACGCGGGCGGCGACUUCUACCUGCGCUGCCUCGGCAAGAACGGCGUGUUCGUGGACGGGGUGUUCCAAAGGCGCGGGGCGCCGCCGCUGCAGCUGCCGCGCGUGUGCACGUUCAGGUUUCCGAGCACAAACAUCAAGAUCACGUUCACUGCCCUGUCCAGCGAGAAGAGGGAGAAACAGGAGGCGCCCGAGUCCCCGGUGAAGCCUGUGCAGGCUCACAUCUCGCCGCUGACCAUCAACAUUCCAGACACCAUGGCCCACCUCAUCAGCCCCCUCCCCUCCCCCACAGGAACCAUCAGUGCUGCGAACUCCUGUCCUUCUAGCCCCCGGGGAGCAGGGUCUUCAGGGUACAAAAUGGGCCGUGUGAUACCAUCUGACCUCAAUUUAAUGGCCGACAACUCACAGCCAGAAAACGAGAAGGAAGCUUCGGGUGGAGACAGCCCAAAGGAUGACUCAAAGCCACCUUAUUCCUAUGCACAAUUAAUCGUACAAGCGAUUACAAUGGCUCCUGAUAAACAACUCACCCUAAAUGGAAUUUAUACGCACAUCACAAAAAACUAUCCCUACUACAGGACUGCAGACAAGGGCUGGCAGAAUUCAAUUCGCCACAAUCUCUCUCUGAAUCGUUAUUUCAUCAAAGUACCACGUUCCCAGGAAGAACCAGGCAAAGGCUCAUUCUGGAGGAUAGAUCCUGCCUCUGAAAGCAAAUUAAUAGAGCAGGCUUUUAGGAAAAGACGGCCUAGGGGCGUGCCUUGCUUUAGAACCCCUCUGGGACCGCUCUCGUCUAGAAGUGCUCCAGCCUCUCCCAAUCAUGCUGGAGUGCUGUCUGCUCACUCCAGUGGUGCCCAGACCCCUGAGAGCCUGUCCCGGGAAGGUUCACCAGCCCCUCUGGAGCCUGAGCCUGGUGCUUCACAGCCCAAACUUGCUGUCAUCCAGGAGGCGCGGUUUGCCCAGAGUGCACCAGGCUCACCGCUGUCUAGUCAACCCGUCUUAAUCGCCGUGCAGCGACCACUGCCACCGACGAUCAAGCCUGUCACCUACACUGUCACUGCCCCUGUGACCACCUCGACUUCCCAGCAGCCCGUGGUGCAGACGGUUCACGUCGUCCACCAGAUCCCAGCGGUGUCCGUCACCAGCGUGGCUGGACUGGCCCCAGCAAACACAUACACUGUCGCAGGGCAGGCCGUGGUCACUCAGGCAGCUGUGCUGGCCCCCCCGAAGGCGGAGCCACAAGAGAAUGGAGACCACAGAGAAGUAAAAGUGAAAGUAGAACCUAUUCCUGCGAUUAGCCAUGCCACAUUAGGUGCUGCUGGCCGGAUCAUUCAGACGUCACAGACCACCCCUGUCCAGACGGUCACCAUAGUGCAGCAGGCACCUCUAGGUCAGCACCAGCUUCCAAUAAAAACUGUAACACAAAAUGGGACUCACGUGGUGCCAAUCCCCGCUGCUGUCCACGGCCAGGUGAACAAUGCAGCAGCGAGUCCCCUGCACAUGCUGGCGACACAUGCCUCCGCCUCCGCCUCCCUGCCCACCAAGCGCCAGAACGGCGACCCAGCGGAGCAGCCGGAGCUGAAGCGGGUCAAGACAGAAGACAGCGAGGGCCUCGUCAUCGCCCUGAGCGUGGACGCGCCGCCGGCUGCCAUGCGGGAGAAGGGCGUCCAGAACUAG